AUGCGUCAGCCGAAUCAAAUUACUAAUAUUGCCAAUCCUAAAGUUACUAAUAUUGCCAAUCCUGAAGUUACUAAUAUCGCCAAUCCUGAAAUUACUGAUAUCACUAAUGCUGAAGUUACUAAUAUUGCCAAUGCUGAAGUUACUAAUAUCACUAAUUCUGUAGUUACUAAUAUCACCAAUGCUGAAAGAAAUCAAGAUCAAGAUUGUACUCGUUGUAGAAAAAAUAAACCAAUUACUAAAUUUACAAGAAUGCGCAGAAAUGAAAAUGAAUCUAUAUAUAUGGAUGUAGAUGAUAAUGAAAGCAAUAAUGAUAAGCUUCUAUAUGAUUUUUGCGAUUUUGAAGAACUUGUUAUUGCUAAAUUUAGAGAUAGCGAAGAAAAUAAUGAGCAAAUUAAUUUUUCUAUAAUUGUAAAAAUUGAAGAAUUAGUUAAUAAAGAUAUGUUCAAUGAUGAUUUAUCUUCAGAGCUUGAUCAAAAUGAGAACGCAAAAUUUCAUAAUAUUUUAGAAGCAAGUAGUAGCCAAAGUAAUAAUAUAUCUAUUUCUGAGCAUUAUGCUAUUGUCAAAAGUAAAAAGGCGAAACUAGUUUCAGAUGCAAAAAUAUUUGAAACAUUAGUAAAAAUUAUUAAUGAAAACAUUGAAAAUGAUAAGCUUUAUGAAGCGUAUAAGGCUCUUAAGCAGCCACUUGUUGCCGAAACUAAUGUAUAUACUGAAUCACUCAAUUCAAAAAAAUAG